AUGAUUGGGGAAGAAAGAAUGAAUAAAGGUGGCGAAUUUUAGAUAGAAUACAAUCUAGUGAAAUAAAAGAUCGAUCAUUCUUAACCAGUUAGAGCUAGCUUUAACACAAGAAAGGCUGCUGAUAACAAGAUUCAGGUACAUCUUGCAUAUCUGUUCGCUUCCCCAUUAGUUUAGCCUUUAUCAUCGAAUAAAUACCAUGAUUAAAUUCCACCUAUUGGUUUUAAAAAGGAAUUUGAAGGAUUACUUGAAGAAAUUGAUUAGAUGAAGAUAGAAUUUAUAUAUCAUUACCAGUAAGCUACAAAGAAUAAUUUGAUAUCUACAUUAUCUUAAAAUCCAAUAGGUUUACAUUUUUCAGGCCAUGGAUUCCAAAACAAUCUGGCUUCUCAUCAAUAGGAUAGUUAUGUAUUCGGUGAGAAUAAGUCGAAAGGAAAAAGUUUUCUAGCUUUCGAGGAUAAAAAUGGAGCUUAACAUAAUAUCUAUGAUGAGGAUUUAAAAUAGAUUUUAAAGGAAAAAGAUAACCUCAAAUCUUUGAAAUUUAUAGUAGUCAACUCUUGCCAUUCAUAGAUCUGUGGUGAAAUAUUCAAAAAUUGCGGUGUUUAGCAUGUAAUUUGUAUUAAAGCAGAAAAAUAAUUACUUGAUGAAGUAGCUGUAAAAUUUUCUAGAAUCUUCUAUCAAUUAGUAUUUACAAGUAGUAAAACAAUCUGUGAGGCCUUUGACAUUGCUAAAAAGGAUGUCUUAAGUAAUUUCAAUAAAAAAGAAUCAGAAAAAUUCCUAAUCUACAAAGAUGAUAAUCAUGACUGUGAGAUAAUUUAUAGUGAAAUGAAUAAAGGAGGUGCAAAUAGAAAUUAAAUCUAUCCUAAGUUAUCGGUUAUUCCAUCUUAAGUUGAACCUUUUAUUUCAAGAAAUGGAGAUUAGUUUGAAUUGAUAAGCAUAUUAAAUUUGGAAAAUGUUUAAGUUGUCUAAGUCUUUGCUCUUCCCGGCAUGGAAAAAAUUCCAAUUAGGGAUGAAUUAAUAGAUAUGAAGCAAAUAUAUGAGUUAGAUGACUACACCGAAAGUCUUGUUGCUGAUGGAAAACUUUCCCAUUAUAAUAUGGGCUAAAAUUAGCCAUUCUGGAAUGUUCAUUAAGCAUUAUUCUUGAGAAGGAACCAAAAGCUUUGGAUAUAUUUUAUCUUCUUGGAAAAUCUUAUUAAGGCUUGGUAAAAGAAGAUAUAAUAGACAUUUUUGUAUAUGCCUCGGAACAAAAAUAAAUACAUCGAAUCUAAAUUAGACGACAACUCCCUAAUUCAAAUUAUUGAAAUGAUUGCUAAUUUCUAUAAUCGAAAGAUAUAGAAGCUUUUCGAUAAAGUCAGCAACGAUGAAAAGACUGAUUCCUAUAUUGAGUUCUUGUAAAAUUAUGAACUUGAUAUACUUUACUAUUUAAAUGAGCAUUUCAAAAAGUUACCAUUAAAAAGUGAACAGAAACACUAAGAUUGUCCUCCAUUUUCUGACCUAUUCUUUUAGCAUAAUAUAGGAUUAUAUCAUUCUGUUUCAAACAUCCAUCCUUUUGGGAAAAGAUUAGGUUCCUCUGGAUAGCCGAGUGAUUAAGAAUCAUCAUCUACCUAAGAAAGAGGGGAAAGUAAUAAGAGUGAUAAUGAUUAAAAGCUCUCUUAAUUUGCAGAUCUUAGUUUGAAGAAAAGCUAUAGUUAAAAGAAGAAGUAAAAUGAUUAAAUUGAGGAAAGAAAGAGUUUGGAAGAUAAGGAUUCAAGCAAAGAUGGAGAUGAAAGCAGCAGUAGCAGAACGCAAAAGCAUUAUUAGAGUGAUGAUGAUGAAGAGUCGUAGAAUUUUAACAGAAGAGAUGACUCUAGCGAUGAUGAAGACGAUGAGGAUGAUCCUCUCUAUAAUAUAAAGUAGCAUAAAAGAAUGGCGAAGAUAAAUAGAUUUGAGGAUUCAGAUUCAGAUAAUCACACUAGUAAAAGAAAAGCAUCUGACAAUAACAAUAAUAACUCUAAUAGUAAGCUUAAUGAUAUAGACUACAGCAAAAGUAAUCAAGCACAAGCAAAAGGUUAAUUGGAAUUAAAUAAUCUUGCUAACAAACCAAUAGGUGCUAAAUUUAACUCGUUUAAAGAUAAUUCUAAUGAUGAUUAGACGUCACCUGCUAACAAUCUAAGAAUUGAUAUUGAUCAAGAGGAGGAGAUAAAAUAGGAUGAAUUAAAUUAAUACAAUGAAGCUAUUGCAAACAUGAAGAAGUAUGUAAAGAAAGAAACUAUAACUCAGAGUACUUACAACCAAUUCAUGCAUAGCAUCUCAAAUUAGAUUUAAAGUAAAUAUGUCAACCAAAAUGAUAAGUAUUCUAAUGGUAACACUUAGCAAAAAUCAUAAGACACGCAUAGAGUAGAGGUUGCAAAAUAUUAAGACAAAGUAAAUAGCAGGCUGCUUUAAGCUAAUAUGAUUAUGAUUGACAUUUAUUUCUUAUUCAAGGGCAAUAAUCAGUAAAAUGUAGUAUCUGCUAUCUUAUAUUAGCUUUUGAAGAUAUUUAAAAGGAUUAAAUGUGAUAGAGGAAAAGGACUAGCUAACUUUUUCAUUGCAAAGCAUUAUCAAAAAGCAGGGAAAUAUGCAAAGGGAACGGUAAAAUAGGCAGCUGAAAAAGCUUUCUAGAAAUUUUAAAGAGAUGGUACAUACUAAAAAGGAAUGUAUAAUGCUAUGGAGUUGCUCAGUAAUAAACUUCAAGUUCCUAAUGACUACAACCGAUAUGGAAUAACAAAAGGCUUCAAUUCAGACAUUAUCAAAUCAGAUAAUUAGAAGCAAUAGCAAAAGGCAAAUGUAAAAACACCCAUUGAUUAAGAAGCCAUCAAGAAGAAAAUUAUUUCAUUAUAAUUAGAAGAAAUAGUUAUAAAAAGAUGA